AAGAAGGCCCCAGUACAAACCAAGAAACGCGCUACUUUGGCCAAGCAAUUCAAAUGUCCCUUUUGCGCCAACGAAGAAGUGGUGGAAUGCAAGAUGGAUUUCAAGGCAUCCGUGGGGAGUCUGAACUGUCGCUUGUGCGCUGCUUCCUAUCAGAUGCCGAUUCAUCACUUGCAUGAACCCAUUGACGUCUUUUCGGAGUGGCUUGACGAUUGUGAAGCCGCGGCCAAUGGUCAAAGAACGGGAGAGGCGCCUCCUGCCGAAGCACCACGGUUCAAUGACGAAGGGGAUGAAGACGAUGAUGUCCCAGAAGCUGUUGAAUUUAACGGCCGCAACAAUAAGAAACGGCCCGCACAAGAUACGGGCGCCAGGAAAAAGCAAAAGACGGGCAAAGCAGCGACAAUUACCGAUCUUGGGCUGGAUGAUUCCGAUUCGGAUGAUGAGGAUUAG